AUGUUGGAAGAGCAACUAUAUUUGUUAGCUUGCAUUUUUGCAUCUAGGGCUGACACGCGCAAUAUCAAAAAGUUGUCUACUAGACUGGGCUCACAAUCCAAGUACUUGGAGAUUCUCUGUGUUUUGUGGCCAGAAUUAGAUGACCCAAAAAACCUUUUGUUUCUUCGUGAAUUAGAAGAGGAGGUGCAAAGUCCGGAAGGGGAAGAAACAACCGACGAAGAUGUAAUAGUAGAACUAUUAGAAAGUGACAGCAGUUUGAUUCCAUUAAUUGAAAGUGAUACCACAACGAGAUCGAACAGAUAUCAUGAACUGCAAGAAUUCAUAAGCAAAAAACUCAAUAACAAGACCUUGGAGAAUUUUGAGGAGUGGUUGAGAGAAAGGAUUUUAAUAUGUAAUGAAAUGAUACCUGAAACACCUUUAUUAUAUUCUGUACUAUGGGAGACUGCCAAGUCAAAAGUGUUAUCUACAAAAUUUAUAGGAUGGGUAGAAGGAGUAUUAAAACCCCUCGACCACCUAAAUAAACGGCUUCAUCUCAUAUUUAAAAUCAACGAAUGGGAAAAAAUGCCUGAUAGCGAGUUAUUUAAGAUAAUAUUUGACGGUGUAGAGGAUAUGCAAGGAUAUAUUGGUAUAGCAGAUGUUAUUGAAGAUGAAUUAGCUCCCACUUUGUCUUAUGGGAAGAAAUGGGAAACGUUCAUUACGGAAUUCUUCAAUAAACAGCAGUUCUCACUAAAAUCUGAUACUAAUUACCAGUUAUUUAUAAAGCUCUAUUACAGUCUCGAAAAAGGAGUAAAAGAUAACAGUGAAGCGUCCAGAAAAUUGCAAAGUAAUGUGGUUGAUAUAUUAUUUCACAACAGUGAGAAUUUAUUUAAUUUAUCCAGUUUAACUCAUAAGCUUGAUGAAUUAUGGAGUAUCUUGAGUGGAUUCCCUGAUGAAAUUACAAUAGAAGAACAGAAAACUAUUACUGCUCUAGAGAUGAAACAAUUUAUGGAAUUCUUCAUCAAAUGUUCCACGAAAUUUUCAUUUAAAGAAAUCUUUGCCAUAACACAGGAAGAAGAAUCGGCUCAGUUGGCCCAUUUCUCUUCACUAUGCCAUGAAGAAUUUAACAAAGCCAACGAAAUCUCCAGUUUUUUGCAAGCCAUGUAUGAAACGGUCUUGGACAUCAGCAAGGAUGAUAAAAUUUUCACCCGAAUUAGUAUGGAUGAAAAGCUAUACAGUAUAUUGGAAAUCCUCUUACAAAUGAAUGAGUUCGCGUACAUUGAAGCCAUCAUAGAAAGAUUCGACUACAGUAACAAUACCCAAAUAUAUGAACUUCUGGUGAAGUUCUUCUGGCAUUUCUUCAAUAAUGCUUCUAAUGGAUUACGUAAAGAGCCUGAAAUGAAAAAAGCUUCGCAAACGUUACAAAUAAUUCAGAAGCAUAUGUCGCAACGGGCAGGCACAAAUCUAACUAAGCUGGAAGUAUUGCUUGAGAUAUCAGACAAAUUGUCGCAUUAUUCCAUAAACCUAAAUAAGUCGCACAAUGGCGCAAGAGAUACCGCUUUCAAACCAAGCAACAUUCUAGAAUAUAGAGAUUGCCCCCUCGAUAUAAUAUCCAACUUAUUAGAGCUGAACCCGCGAUUGUAUAAGGAUCUGCCAACUACAAAAAGCUUGUUAUUCGGGAUUUACGACAGCUUAUCCAUUAAUAGAGAGGGCCAAACGGGUAAAGUGGAAGUGGAUUUGAUGGUAUUACAUAUUGACUAUGCCUUGGUGAAUUUAGAUUUUGGCACAGCAUACGAAUUGGGCAAGCAAGUGUUUGAAAUUUGUCAAGAAGCGGGCCAACAUAUGAUGAAGGCGUUGGGCGAUGAGCAUUGGUUAACAUUUUAUCAAAUGGGGAAGUUUGUCGAUCCAAAUUGGGUGGAUAAUGAAAUUCCCACAGAGAUAAUUGUUCUGCAGAUGAGCAUCUUGGGCCGCUUACUGGAGGUUUGCCCCCUUGAGGAAGUCGAAAUUGUUACAUCGCAAUGGAGCACACUAGAAUUGGAGCUAAGCGCCCGUGACCUGGUGAAAGACAAGUACGCACUGGACGGACAGAACGACAAUAAGAGUAAGGUAGGCGGCAUUGCUAGGGAGAUUUUCCACAACGUGACUAAUUUCUGA